AGAAUCCAGCUCACCCAACUCUUUAAAACAUCAAUUCUACACAUAGAAUCUUCCAUAGACAAAAUCUAGACCUUCCUUCCUCCAUAUUCUCUGCAUUCCGUCACCCACCACAAACUCCAUAGAAGCAAAGAACAACAAAAAAGCAAGAGAUGGGUAUGGUAGUGGUUAUAUCACUUCCAUUUAUAAUAUUCACAAUAUUUAUUGGAUUUGGGUGUUAUUUUCUUGGGAGAGCUAAAGGUAGACAAGAUCUCAGAACCAAUCCCCAAGUUUUUGGUGUACCCACUCCACCCCCUGGUACUUGUCCUACUGCUACUGUUGCUGCUCCUUUGCCUUCAACUCAUUUCAAGCAAGACAACGCUUCCAAUGUGUAAAAGUUUGAGACAUGGCUUCUCUUGAUUUAGCUGGAAGGACUUCAACAUACUCGCUUUAAUUUUGUUUUGUGGGGUUGAUUUUACUUGUGCAGAGAUUUAAAUGAUACUACUACGCACCUUUUGUUUUUCUUUUUAUAUAUUUGCUCAGUUAAUACUACUAUAUGAAGUUGUACUGCGAAUGACUGAUGGAUUAUGUUUUAUCAUAUAUUAGUAAAGAAAUUGUAACAAGUGAAUGUGAAGUUUGCCUUCA